AUGUCUAAAGCAGAUGCCAAAAAUCUGAAAGAGGAAAUAAAAAAGUUGUAUGACCCACUGUUAUUUUAUUAACAUGGAGAUAAUCCAGCUUAUAAGAGAUAUAUUGAAAUAAUGUAAGAAAAUGCAUAAGAGGGUAAACAAAUAGAUCCAAGAACAUAUUUUGUAAAUAAAUUACAGAGAAUUCACGUGGCAAGAAACAUUCAAGAUUUCGUUGAGAGAGAUCUGAAAUGCUUCAAUUUCAUUCGAAUCUUCCCUGUUUGGAUAUGCACUACUGGAUUCUUUUUAUAAGCUGCCUUAACUUAGAGAUAAAUGUUUUUGCCUAUUGGAUAAAGGGGUAUAACAAGUAUCAAAUAAACUUCAUUCUUUUACAACUUUGGAUAUGUGGGUUUGGCAGGAUAUGGCCUGUAUUUAUUCGGAGCAUCUUAUCUAUGGUGGUAGGUUACAAAAAUGACUGCAGUUAAGUUUUAUAAACACUGUUUACUUGGAGAAAGAUAAUGGUCAUAUGAGAGGGAGAGACAAAACAAUACUUAUGGCAACUACUAUUUCAAGGAUGUACCCUUGUCAUGCGAAGAGAACUUCCCAGAUUUAGCAAGAGGAGAAAUAGCAAAGAAGCAAAGACCCAAGCCAGAGUGGUGAUAAAAAUACAUUCAUAAUUAUACAAAAUAUCUAUUAUAAUGAUUCUAUUCUAAAA